GCUGAGCAAAAGGUCAAGUGAUGAGUGCUUUGGCCAUAAAGAAGAGCCCAGGGCGAGAGACACGGGCUUCCCCCCAGCGUUGGGGAAAGGGGAGGGGGCAGCAGGUGGGAGCACUGAGAUAAAAUUCCUGUGUCCGUUGGGGGGGCUGGCGCCCUGGAAGCCCCGCGCAGGGGAGAGGUGGGCGCCCUUCGGUGCACGGCCCCCACGCAAGACUCUCCAGGAAAGAUGCCGCUAGACUGUUUGCAGGGACUAAUCAGGCGGGCCCGGGAUCCCGGCGUUCCAGGCCGAGUUUUGCGGCGGAAUCGGCGCGUGCUGAUCCUUCAGCUGUCGCUCUCGGCAGCGGUCGGCGGCGGGAGACCAUGAUGCUGGACGAACUGUGGGCCGCGCUCUCCGGCGCCUCCGGGGUUGCCCUGGCCUGCUGCUUGGUGGCGACGACCGUGGUCCUGCGCUGGCGCGGUCGCCGGACCGCCCGGGGCGCGGCGGCCCGGGCGCGACAGCGGCAGCAAGCGGCCCUGGAGAACAUGGACAAGGCUGCGCAGCGCUUCCGGCUCCAGAAUCCCGACCUGGACUCAGAGGCACUGCUGGCCCUGCCGCUGCCUCAGCUGGUGCAGAAGUUACAUGGUGGGGAGCUGUCCCCAGAAGCCGCGCUCUUUACCUAUGUGGGAAAGGCCUGGGAAGUGAACAAAGGGACUAACUGUGUGACCACCUACCUGGCAGACUGUGAGACUCAGCUGUCCCAGGCCCCAAGGCAGGGCCUGCUCUAUGGUGUUCCUGUGAGCCUCAAGGAGUGCUUCAGCUACAAGGGCCAGGACUCGACCUUGGGCUUGAGCCUGAAUGAGGGGGUACCAGCAGAGUGUGACAGCGUGGUGGUGCAGGUGCUGAAGCUGCAGGGCGCUGUGCCCUUCGUGCACACCAACAUCCCCCAGUCCAUGUUCAGCUAUGACUGCAGUAACCCCCUCUUCGGCCAGACCAUCAAUCCAUGGAAGUCCUCCAAGAGCCCAGGUGGCUCCUCGGGGGGCGAGGGGGCCCUCAUUGGGGCUGGAGGCUCCCCUCUGGGCUUAGGCACCGACAUCGGGGGCAGCAUCCGUUUUCCCUCCGCCUUCUGUGGCAUCUGUGGCCUCAAGCCCACGGGGAACCGCCUCAGCAAGAGUGGCCUGAAGGGCUGUGUCUAUGGACAGGUGGCAGUACAGCUCUCAGUUGGCCCCAUGGCCCGAGAUGUGGAGAGCCUGGCGCUGUGCCUGCGAGCGCUGCUGUGCGAAGACAUGUUCCGCUUGGACCCCACCGUGCCCCCCCUGCCCUUCAAAGAGGAGGUCUACACAAGCUCUCAGCCCCUGCGUGUGGGGUAUUAUGAAACUGACAAUUACACCAUGCCCACCCCGGCCAUGAGGCGGGCCCUGCUGGAGACCAAGCAGAGCCUUGAGGCUGCUGGCCACACGCUGGUUCCCUUCCUGCCGAGCAACAUCCCCCACGCUCUGGAGAACCUGUCGACUGGUGGACUGUUCAGUGACGGUGGCAGUAGCUUCCUACAGAAUUUCAAAGGUGAUUUCGUGGACCCCUGCUUGGGGGACCUGGUGUCAAUUCUGAAGCUGCCCAGAUGGCUUAGAGGACUGCUGGCCUUCCUGCUGAAGCCUCUGCUCCCAAGGUUGGCAGCCUUUCUCAGCAGCAUGAAGUCUCGGUCGGCUGGAAAGCUCUGGGAACUGCAACACGAGAUUGAGGUGUACCGCAACUCCGUGAUUGCACAGUGGAGAGCACUGGACCUGGAUGUGCUGCUUACACCCAUGCUGGGCCCUGCUAUGGACUUGAAUGCCCCAGGGAGGGCCACAGGGGCUGUCAGCUAUACUCUGCUCUACAACUGCCUGAACUUCCCAGCGGGGGUGGUGCCCGUCACCACGGUGACCGCCGAGGACGAGGCCCAGAUGGAACACUACAGGGGCUACUUUGGGGACAUCUGGGACAAGGUGCUGCAGAAGGCCAUGAAGAAGAGUGUGGGGCUGCCUGUGGCCGUGCAGUGUGUGGCUCUACCCUGGCAGGAAGAGUUGUGUCUGCGGUUCAUGCGGGAGGUGGAGAGACUGAUGACCCCUGCAAAACGGCCAGCCUGACUUCUGCCUGCCUGCCUGGCUCCGGAGGACCUGAGACCCACUCGAUCUGUACCCGGCCUAGUCAGGGCACAGCUGCCACCCUGCGAGGAGAUGUUCAGCCUAGGGCAGAGCUUUCCACGUCCCCCUCUCCCCGUCCCCUACAGGAAGUGCAGACCCCUUGAGUCUGGACCUUGCUUCCCCCUCUGGUCCCCUCUCUCUGCCCUGACCUCCCAUGUGGCAGCUAGUGGGUAUGACAUGGGCAAAGACCCACUAACAAUCAAGAAAGGUUCCUGGUCUGUGUCCUUUCUAGCCAUCAUUUUAGGGUACUGGGGGUUGGAGACUUGACCUUCUAGAGCCCGAUUCUAGUAUGUCAGUCUCCUCCAAAAGCUCCCCUGGUUUCCAUCACCUGCUGAGCGGACACAGGCUUCUCAGAGUGCAGCCGCGGCACUCCCCACAGUAGACGAAGCCCUGCUUUGCUAGACAUUGCCCUCUUCCUUCCUUGCCUCCUUCCCUCAGCCGAGGAUGCCCUUUCUGCUCCUCUACCAUUAAAUUCUUUUCAGCCCAGCUCAGAUCCCUCUUUCUCCAGAAGGCCUCCCCUCCCUCCUCUGAGCCCUGGAGUAGGUGGGCUGUUUCCUCCCAGUCUCUCCUGUGUGGUGGGCAUCUGUGGGUGGGUCUGCCUCCCGUAGCACACUGGCUCUCCUUGACAGCAGGGACCCUGUUGCUACAUCUUUGUCCUCAGUGGCCAGCGCAGCGCAGCAGGGAGUCUGGCGUACUGGCCCUGAGCUGGUGCCAUUGGUGAGAGGAACCCACAGGCCUGGGAGGCAAGCACGGGACAAAGAGAUCUGCUAGAGAGCCCUGACAGCCCCGACCAAGGACUGGAUUGUUCUGGGAAGGAGGAGGACCUGUGUUGAAUCUGCAAGGUUCCCAGUGACUGAGCUAGGGGACGAGGACAUCUCAGGGAGGAGGGACAGUACACUGAAAGACCAAGAUGAAUUUGGUAGAUGGAGGAAAUGGGCACAGGAGAAGCAGCAGAGAUAUAGGUGGGAGCCAGAUCAAGGUGGACUUGGGGGCCCAGUUCAGGAACUUGAAUCCUGUCUUAAGGGCAAAGGGCAGCUCUUGAAGGAUCACACAGGUGCAGCAAGGAGAGUAGACUGGAAGGGCAGAGCCUGGACAGGGAUAGGCUGCUGCAUGAUCCCAAUCUGGGGAAGCGGGCCUGAGGCCUGCGCUACAGCUGUGGCCGAGGUGGAGAGGGAGGUGGUCUGGGAAUUGACAGUUGGGAUGGGAGUGAGCUGUCUCACCUCAGUGUCACCUCUGCCCAGUCUGCCAGCUCGCCUCUUACUGGACUGUGUUGCCUGGCGGGUGGAAGGGUGGCUGGUCUGUGACAGACCCUGGGGGCUUCUUGGCCCUGCUAGAAGAGCUCCCUUGCUUGUCCUGGCCCCAGCCCUGACACCCCUGCUUGCUGGAAAUGUUUCUGAGCCUGAGUGCUCAGGCAGGGUAGGUCCCCAGCUUCUACCUGGCCUACUUCAAAUUCUUAUCAGGGCAAGUUGCCUUCCCCAGGCCUCCUGCAUCCUGAUUUUCCUACUCCGGAGGGGCUUUCUUUAUGGUUGCAUGCCCAGUGGCACCUGCGUUCUCUGCCAAUGGCAUCCCUGUCUUGGUGGGGCCAGUCUUAGGGCAGACACAAGGCCCCACACCUCAGGGCUGACUAGAGGGCCCAACCCACAUGGACACCCAGAUUGGGAUGACCAGGUGGUUGCUGCACCUUGCUGUGAUUCCUCGUAACUGCUGUGCCCUUUUAUAGAACUGCCUGCCAUCUGCCUCACCUUCCUCCCUCUACUGCCCCAUUUCUCUCUUUGGUUACUGAUGUUCUUGUGCUUUGAGACAUGAGGCUGCAGAGUGGGGGUGCCUCUCUUUCAUUCCUUCACUGGGUCAUUGAUUCACCCUUGGAGCUCCAGCAUGGCCAACCCAGCCCUGUGCUGAGCGGUGCUGGAGCUCGACCAGGCCUGACUCCCAUCCUUGAGAGCUUCCUGGGCUUGUGGGUGGUGGACACUGACACAAACACAUCUACUCUCCAGGUGGUCAGGGCUGGGGGCGAGGGUGGACGAGGGGGUCAGAUGCUGCUGAGGAGCAGGGGAGGUGGUCACUGCAGCAAGUAAGUAUCCACUGCGUUCACUUCCACCGUUGUGCUCUAGUUCAAGCCGCUGCCUCUUAUCUGGACACUGCAAAAACCCAGCUGGGUUCCCUGCUUCCAUCCUCGCCUGUCCCCCAAUCCAUUCUCCAUACAAAGUAUAGAUCAGAUUGAGUCACUUCUCUCCUUAAGACCUUCCAAUGGCUUCCCAUCCUGCUGAGGAUAAAAGCCAGUCUCCUCCUUGUGUCCUCGUGGGACAUGGCCGUUGCCCAGUUCUCCGGCCUCAUCUUGGGUGUCUCUUCCUUUCAUGCAUUGUGCUCCAGCCAUAUGAACACCUUGUGGUUUCUUGAUUGUUUCAAGCUGUCCCCGCUGCUUGGAACACUCGGCUCCAGUGUCCCCUUCCCUGAUCACUUGUAAAGCAGCUUCCCUGACACUUUCUAACAUGUCACCCUUUGUACUCUGUAGCAUUAUCACUAUCUGGAAUCAUACGGGUUUUUUUUGGUCUCCUCUGCUCAAACAAGCUUCCUGAGAGCUGUGAUUUGCCUUGCUCAUCACUGUAUUCUUGGCAUGUGGAGUGGUGCCUGUGAGACACUCAGUUAAUUCCGCAAACAUUAGUGAGCAUCUGCUAGGGACCAGGCUCCGUGCUGGUGCUGGAGCUGCAGUGAUGAAGGAGGCAGACAAGGUUCUUGUCUUCCUGGAGCUUUCGUUCUGGAGGAUGUUUGUUGAGUGAAAGGAGGCAAGGAGGCAGACAGGUGUGUUAGUGAAGACCCUAAUCAUUUCAUACUUGGAGUGCUAAGGUGACUUUUGAUCAGAAAAAAGGGGAAGGGUAUUCUGAAUGAUAUCUAUCAAGUACUUACUGUGAGCCAUCUACCUUCUGGCACUUUAUAGUUAUUAUGUCAUUCUCCUGUUAACCCUGUUGUAGGCAUUUUUGUCCCCAUUUGUACAAAAAUGUUAUAUACCUUGCCCAAGGUCUAGCAGCUAGAAGCAAGGGAAUUAGAAUAGAAACCUUGGUCACUCAACGUUAUAGCCUGUGCAGCCAGCUCUUCUUGGUGUCCCAUGGUGCUGAGGCACAGAGGAGUGAUAGCAUAAGCCAACCACCUCUUCCCACCACCAGUCCAGUGGCCUCAAGACCCUCUAAGUCAUGUGACUGUUCUCAGCCUAUACCCCGCUCCCCGUGUCCACUGCCACAGCUUCUUGCCCAGCCUCCCCUGCCUCCGGACUGCUCUCCAAUUGUGCUUCAUAUGGGUGUUGGAUGACCUUUCUAAGUGCAAAGCUGAUCACGCCUAAAACCCUUAGUAUCACUGUGCUCAGUUCAGACUCUGGAUAUAACCUACAAGGCCAUGCUUGACCUGACCAUGCUGCUAACCACUCUGGUCUCUUCCCCUUCCUAAGUGCCCACAUUGUGGGCACGUGGCCCUCAGGCAGUGCUCUAGACAUUGUGCACACCUCCCACCACCAUGCUGUCUGCUGACUAUGCUUGCUUUUCUUGGAAUGCUCUUUCUCAUGUCUUCACCUAAACACCUCCCACCUAUCCAAGGCAAGGGUUGUCGUCCUCUUACAACUCUCAGGCUGUGUUGAAAGGGCUUCUUUGUGCGUCUGUUCAUGCUCAAAAGCAGGGACUGUGACUUAAUAGAAUCCAGCUUCUCCUAGGCUGUGGAGAUGAUAAUCCAUCGUCUCAGAAACAAUGGGCGUUGUUGCCUCCAUUUUAUAGAUGGGGAAACUGAAGUUCAGAGGAGGUUGCUGAUUUGUCCAAGGCUGAAGAUUUGAAGCCACAUGCCCGACUCUAAACUUAGUGUACUUUCCUUGUUUGCACAAUCAUCCUAAGAACGUGCACUAAACACCCUCUGAGUGUCAGGUUCUGUGCCAGGUGACCACAAACACUGGGGACAGAAGCAAUGUCCAUGCACUGCUCCUCUGCUGGUGUCUGUUUACAGGGAGUGUCUGUCAUGUCUCUGUCCACCCUCCCUUCCUCUCCACGGGGUUGUGAUAUUAGGGUUUAGGACACAGCCAGAGAACAUGCCAUUUGUCCCUGUUAGACAUCUUUUAGGGUCAUCCCAGGGCUCCAGCCUAUUGAGAGCCUUUGGGAUCCUGGCUCUCUUGCCAACUCUUUCGCCUCCUUCUCCCAGCUUGUCCAUCCACAAGUCUGAGCGCUAGAACUUUCCAACUUCAUCCGAGUCACCAAUAAAUAUAUUGAUAUACAUAUUGAUCAGAUCAGGGCCAAGGAAGGAGCCCUGGCAUGUGUCACUCCAGACCACCUGCCAGAGCAAUCUGAUCUACUGUACUCAGGACCCUUGAAAUCAAGUCCUGAGCCUCCCAACUAGCCCUGGCUGGACCCUCCCAAGUUUUCCAUACAUAGAUUGGGAGUGGCGAACCUGGGUGCCUUAGGCAGGUGAGGUCACUUGGAGGCAGGGCUGUGUGGAGUUUUCCCUUGUAUGUCCAGUGUGGUGCCUGGUACUCGGUGAGUACCCAGCGAAGGCUUGUGGAAGGGAGGAAUGGGCGACUUGUUACCAGUGAACCCAUUUUGGCCCUCCUGAUCACUUCUCUUGUCCCCAACAGGAAAUCUCCCAGUCAGUCCCUGCCUUUUUCUCUUAACAUUUAUCUCAUCUACUGCCAUGAUCUUAAUUAGUGCCCGUUAGGUCAAAUAUAUUGCAGUUUAUAUUCAACCUGUAGCUUUCUGCUGGUCUGCAAGUCCUCAUCCACUUCCCCCGUCUGCCUACUCCUCCCUCCCUCCUCGCUCCAAUAAAUACAUUGAAUUCCUCCCACAGUAUGCUCAGGGUAACCAAUCAGAGAGCGUCUCUGGCUAAAUGGAGCUUUCACUCUGCUAGCAAGCAGACAUCAAAUGCCUAGUUAUACAAAAACACUUGUUAAAAGUGCAAUAAAACAGAAACACUGCUUCA